UAAAUGGAUUAGAUUGAAUCAUAACCUAUUUUUGAUGAAAUUCCUUCCAAAAUAGAUAUCAAUAUAUUACCAAAACAUAAACCAGAAAAAUUUAUAGAAGCAAACCAAAAUAAGUUGAUUGAUCCUGUAUUUGAAGAUGGUCAUGAAAUUGGCUUUAUGAUCAAAGGAGAAAACACUCUCUAUGAGUUAGACUAUGAAGAAGGGUGAGUUUCACUUUGCUUGACAAUAGAUUUUUUGAGCCAAAUGGAUGCUACUAUUCUCGCGAUUUUGUUCCAAAGGGAUGGUGGAUAUUAGAUAAAGACUCAUAAGAAUACUUCUAUGAUAUCGAUGGAAAAUUGGACGGAGAAGAUGAUGAGGAAGAAAACCAAAAUGAACAAUUGAUAUAAUAAUAAUGAUCAAGAAAUAAAACCCC